AUGCCGGUAGAGAUUGAACAUAAGGCGUAUUGGACGGUGAAACAAUGUAACUUGGAUUUGAAAGGAGCGGGUGUUGAGCACAAACUUCAGUUGGAAGAAUUGGAAUGUUUUAGGCUAAAAGCCUAUAAAAAUCUACGGUCUAAAUGGGAUGGACCCUUUAAGAUGGUAAAUGUGAGGCCGUAUGGUGUAGUUGAAGUGGCUCACCCUUUUAAUGAAACAACAUUCAAAGUCAAUGGGCAUAAGGUGAAGCCUUACCGCACACAACCAUUCAACAAAGAGGUGGAAGUGUUCCUCCUUGAGGAUGCCCCAAAAGAUAAUCAGUGA